UGUCUGUGUCUGUGAGUGGGGUGGCACAUGGGGGCCAGGCUUCUGUCACUGCAUCAUCACCAUAGAUAUCUAUAUAGAACCGCUAGAACGGAAGUUCCGAGACAAAAUUUUCAAAAUGGCUGCGCGCUAGUUUCUCUGGCGAAUAAGAUUUCCAACUGAACUCCCACUUGUCCACACUGGCCAGUAUCCACAAGAUCUACCACACCCUGCACAGGCUGAACCUGACAGAAGACGUCAGUCCAGAGACUCACGGCACAGCCUGCUGCUCCAAAGCCAUGCCCCCUAGGAAAAAGAGGAGACCAACUGCUGGAGAUGACCUGUCUGCCAAGAAGAGCCGGCAGGAUAAUGUUUACAGAAAACAGGAGACAUUGCAAAUCCAGGAAGCUGAGGCUUUUUCUAGCAAGAGAUGUCUAGAGUGGUUCUACGAAUAUGCAGGGUGUGAUGACGUGGUUGGACCAGAGGGCAUGGAGAAAUUCUGUGAAGACAUUGGAGUGGAGCCAGAGAAUGUUGUAAUGCUGGUAUUGGCCUGGAAGCUUGAUGCUCAGAGUAUGGGUUACUUCACUUUACAGGAGUGGCUCAAGGGAAUGGGCUUAUUGCAGUGUGACUCUACUGAAAAACUUAGGAACUCUCUAGACUACCUGAGGUCUGUCCUCAACGAAGCCACCAGUUUCAAGCUCAUUUACCGAUAUGCCUUCGACUUUGCCAGGGAGAAGGAUCAAAGAAGUUUAGACUUGAAUACUGCCAAGUGCAUGCUGGGACUUCUGCUUGGGAAGACCUGGCCACUGUUUCCAGUGUUUAACCAGUUUCUAGAACAAUCUAAAUAUAAGGUCAUAAAUAAAGAUCAAUGGUGCAAUGUUCUAGAAUUCAGUAGGACUAUCAACCUUGAUCUCAGUAACUAUGAUGAGGACGGGGCCUGGCCAGUGCUGUUAGAUGAGUUUGUAGAAUGGUAUAAAGACAGAGAGAUGUCGUUGCGACAACUUCCCCACACCCACCACCACCAAGUAGAAAUUAACUCCAACAAUCACCAUGACAAUAAUGACAGAAACAGCCUUGAAACAAACAUCUAGAAAACAUAUUACACAUCAAAACUGGAGUGUUAGGGACAAACUUAUGGUGGCCCCUGGCGGCAAGCGCUGAGUGGAUGAGUGUUUCCGUAGAAUAUAAUUAUCAAUGCACAUGUUGUAUGUUGCCCUUACAGCAAGGGCUAUAAGAGGGUCACUGGUGGUUGUGUGUUGAAGAAACUGCUCCUCAUCAACUCCACCUAAUGCCCCAAUAGCCCGCAAUGCAUUGUGGGUAAGCACAUGGCCAACAUCAGUGCUGCCUUCCCACCCCACUGUGAUAUUUCAUAUUGCUGUGAAUGUUCCAAUUGGCCCUUAUAAGGAGGAUGAAUUAUAAUUUCCUGCAAGGCAGGGUAAAAGCUCCCAUCUUGUCUGAAGUCUUAAGAAAAUUAAGUAAUUUUUACCUGAAAGGAAAGAGAAAGAAAGGUCACCUACUUGGCUUUUUACUAAAGUUUUUUUUAUUUUUUACUUAUACUAAGACUUCUUGUGUUGGUUCAUGUCAAAGGUUUAUAGAAGUGGCUUACAGUGUCACUCUGCUGAUGUGGUCCAAACACUGUUGGUUUCUGUAUUGGAGGAUGAUGACAGUCAGAGCAUGUUGCUGUAGUAACAUAGUGACCUUUGCCAUCUUUUAUAUUUGCACAGUGUAUUGUCACAAUGCAUUUUGUUGCCACUUAAUCAAGCACGGCACUUGCAAGAUUCUGAUUGACAUUCUGCUGCAACAGUGAAGUAUUACCUGUAGUGUUGUAUCAGUAUCCCACUGCUUACAUACUUCACAUUGAUUAUGAGAUCAAAGAGAAGAGCUUUACUGCUCACAACAUGAAGGAGCUCAUACCUCUGCCAGACUAUCCAGAUGUAUCAACAGUGUACUGAAAUACAUUGUUAAAAUCCAGCACAUACUGUAAAUUUACUAGGCAUGAAAUAUUCCUGCAGAUGUUUACAAAUGUGAAACGGAAAUUAUUCACAGUGCCAGUACGUAAGCCUCACCUACAUGUUGUAGUCCAUCCUGUCUUCUCUGAGCCUUUGGCCUUUGAUCUGAAAUGGAGUGGGAAGUUGCUUAAAGAUGGUUACUUGGUGUGGUAUCUAAUCACUAAGUUUUAAAUGUGAUCAGGUGUAAGGUUUCCUAAUAUGGUGAAUGUGUAUGUCUUCCCUUUUAAAAUCUACGGUAAGUAGAGCGUAGAGCCCAGUAUUCUUUUCUUGGCUCACAUGACUGUUUUUAUAGAUAUGGCCAUCUUUCCAAGGAGUGUGAGAAGGGGCUACAGAGCACAUUCACUAUAUCACGUCAUCAUACAUCUGAUUUCAUUGCAUAUUUCUUGAACAAACCCAAGCAAUGCAACUAUACCGUACAUGCCAUAAGGUGAAAGGGCUGAGAUGUAAGUGAUAGAAAGAAGUAAAGCUGUUAAAAGUGCACUUUUGAUUUCUGUGAUUAAUUGCCACAAAAUAUAUAAAAACGGGUAUCCUGCCCUAAAAACUCUUUUGGCCAAACCCUCUUCUGCAGAUCUUGUGGUAAAAUGUUAUCACCUUAGCCUAUAGUGACCAAUGCCUAGCAGCUACUUAACAUUCUAGUUAUGUUUGUACAACUGUUAAUUUUCAUCAGUGGCUGUGGCGUGAAGCUAACUUGACAUUUGACCAAGGAAAUAAAAUGCAUGCAUGCAUUCUGCAAUUAGAGCCAUCUUGUGAAUGAAUGAGAUUUUUCAUUUUUGUACUUUUUUUUUUUUUGGUUCUUAUUUUUCUUUGUACAGGUAUUUGUAGACAUGGAUUAUUUGUGCAUAAUUUGGAUAUCUGCAGUCUUAACGCUUUAUAAAAAAACAUGAUCAUGUGAUGGUAUUUAGAGCUUAAAUACACCUGUAACCUCAUCUGUUGAGAUGUUCUUCUCUGCAUUGCCUCCUCCACCAUCUCCACCAAGUGCUAAACUACCACUUUCAUGUGUGACUGCAGCACUUCAGUAAUUUUAAUGAGGAAUUUUAUCUGUUCAUAUAACAAGGAAUCAAAGUACAGAGUCAAAAUCAUUAUUAACCUUUAUUAAAGAGCUAAUGUUGGCUAACAAUAUUGUUUAUUACUGGUUAAAAUGUUUUGUUCUGUUUUAAGAAUCUGUUAGCUGAUGUUUAGCUGAGGGAUGAAGGUUACUCACCAUAAAUUACAUUCAAAGUGCAGAAAAAUAUCUUAAGCACCCAAUAUCUGAGACAUCAGCAGUCUAUGUUGUGCAUGCUGGCCAGAAUCAAUUUGUAAAGUGUCUUUUGACACUUGUCAUAGUCCCAUUCAUUUGCACCUGUUUGUGCCUGAGGGAGAUAGUGUCUUAGAAUUUGAGGAUCUGAACAGUUAGAGUUCCCUUAUGUUCUGACUGUUGCUUUAGUUGGGGGAGCAUGUGAUGCAGAGGAGUGAGCAUUCUCAUUUGACUGUAUACAUGUAUGGAUGUGUGUGUAUGUGUUUGAUUUCACUGUAACCUCUACAUUCAAUAUAAAUAAAGGGGUUUAUUAACGAAAUGU